CUCAACUUCACCUCACCACCGUCACCUGUCGCAAACCGACCUCGCUCCCACCACCAACGAACUCCACCUUUCAAUCACUUACCCGGAAAUCGAUUCAUCAUGGCGGACGGUAUCGAUCGUAAUGCCGACGACAAGAUGGAGUUUGCUACCUCCAAAGAGGUCACAGUGGCUCCCACCUUCGAAGCAAUGCAUUUGAAGGAGAACCUCUUGCGCGGCAUCUACGCGUACGGCUACGAAUCACCUUCUGCCGUUCAGUCACGCGCGAUUGUUCAAGUUUGCAAGGGACGCGACACCAUCGCUCAGGCGCAGUCCGGAACAGGAAAGACGGCAACCUUCUCGAUUUCUAUUCUCCAGGUCAUCGAUACGGCUGUGCGCGAGACACAGGCCCUCGUUUUGUCCCCCACGCGCGAACUCGCGACUCAAAUUCAGUCCGUCAUCAUGGGUCUGGGCGACUACAUGAAUGUGCAAUGCCACGCAUGUAUCGGAGGCACAAACGUCGGCGAGGACAUCCGCAAGCUCGACUACGGUCAGCAUGUUGUGUCCGGCACGCCCGGUCGUGUAGCUGAUAUGAUUCGUCGUCGAAACUUACGCACGCGCAAUAUCAAGAUGCUGGUUCUGGAUGAGGCAGAUGAGCUGCUCAACCGCGGUUUCCGUGAACAGAUCUACGACGUGUACCGCUACUUGCCUCCCGCGACUCAAGUCGUUGUUGUCUCCGCCACGCUACCAUACGACGUUUUGGAAAUGACGACUAAAUUUAUGACUGACCCAGUGCGCAUUCUCGUCAAGCGUGACGAACUGACAUUGGAGGGCCUCAAACAGUACUUCAUCGCCAUCGAAAAAGAGGAGUGGAAGUUCGACACCCUAUGCGACUUGUAUGACACGCUCACCAUUACACAAGCUGUCAUUUUCUGCAACACGCGCCGCAAGGUUGACUGGCUUACGGACAAGAUGCGCGAGGCCAACUUCACCGUGUCUUCUAUGCACGGAGAUAUGCCGCAACGCGAGCGAGACAGCAUUAUGCAGGACUUCCGCCAGGCCAACUCUCGCGUGCUUAUUUCCACAGACGUGUGGGCGCGUGGAAUCGACGUCCAACAGGUAUCGCUGGUCAUCAACUACGAUCUCCCGUCCAACCGUGAGAACUACAUCCACAGGAUCGGUCGCAGCGGUCGGUUUGGACGCAAGGGCGUUGCUAUCAACUUCGUCACCCAGGAGGACGUCCGCAUCUUGCGCGAUAUCGAGUUGUACUACUCUACCCAGAUCGAUGAGAUGCCCAUGAACGUAGCAGAUUUGCUUGCGUAA